GCGGCCGCGCCGAGGAGGUCGCGCGUGGUGGGCGCAGGGGGGUCUCCUCGGAGCGCGGGCGCCGGGCGGAUGCUUCGGGCCGCGGCCCCCCGAGCACCAUGCGGGAGGGAUUGCUGGGCUGGCCCGGAGCAGCUGCUAGGCCCACCGGACACGCCUUGGGUGUCAUGGACUUGGUGACAGGGAUGGAAGUUGGGGCUGAAAUCGAAGUGACCGAAGACGGGGAUCUAGAGGAGCUGCCUCUGCACUUGGAAAAUGCGAAGAACUGCCUCUCCUGGGAAUCCCUGGACAUCUCAAGCAGCGAUGACGAUGGAGAGGCCUACCUGACCUUCUGCUUGCCCGUGAGACGCCCGCCCCGGCCCGUGCAGCGCCUCCCAGCCCAGCGCUCGUCAGCCCCUCCCGCCACCGCCAAGCCGCCGGCCUGCGAGAAAUGGAUCCCCCCCUUGUACCCCUGCCCGUUGCUCCCGAGCCUUCCCGCCUCGCCCGGGAGCCCCGUGUGCGGCGCUUACCAGUGCCAGCAGUGCCUGCAGGUGUUCAUGGAGGAGUGGCAUUACGCCCAGCACCUCCAGGACCACGCCCAAGAGGAAGAGGCCCAGCGACGGCUGCUUCGGCUCCCGCCGCGGCCCCACUCCCCGCCCCGCAAGCUGCGCUGCUUGGAGUGUGGCAAGCGUUUCCUGCGGCCCGAGCACUUCGCCCGGCACACCAAGUGGCACCUGAAGCUGGUGCGGAAGGGCAUCAAGGUCUGCCACCGGAAGGGAAGCAGGCGCUCCCUGCAGGUCUCCUACGUUUACAAGCCCCUUGGCAGCGCCGAGAGCCUGUCGGGGACCGGGGAGGCUCCCGGCCUUCCAGUCGCGCGGGAAAGUCCGAAGCAGCCCAAGCGUCUCCAAGCGCCCAGGCUGCAGAAGGCAGGCAAGCGGAAGGUUCUCCGGCACCCCAGAAAAAGGCCAGCCGGGGGGCUGCAGGGCGAGGGCCCGCUCAGCUCCAUCUCUCCGGGAAACUCGGUAGCCAUCCUGGACGGGGACGCCGGCGUGAGCCUCUUGCAGCCCUGGCAGAAGCAGGAGGCCGUCUUGGAAGGUCAAGUGGCCGGGGGGCUUUUCCAGACCGCCGAAAACCAGAUCAUCAUCUUCGACGAGGAGGCGGGGGCCGUGCCCGUCGCGCCGGAGCACCACUUGGCCGAGCUGCAAGCCGCCCUGUUCGACGGCCAGGGGAACGUGAACGCCGUGAGGCCCCUCUUCUUCAGAGCGGAGGAGCAGGCCGCCCUGCUGGACACGCAGAUGAGCUUGAGUUCUCUGCAGCUCGGCCAGAGCCCUUGCGCCCUUUACAGGACUGUGUUCCUACAGGCUGAGGAGCCAGGGGCCGCCCUGGAUGGCCCGGUGGAGGCUGGGCCCCUUCAACAGGUGAUCAUUAAGACGUCGGAGGUCUCGCCCACUUUCUACUUGGACCCCGACCCUCACCUCUCUUCUCUGGACUCGGCCACCCUCCAUUUUGUCCCCGUGCACCAGGAGCCUCAAUUUGUAACCGUCCCCUAUGGGAAUUCAUUGACCUUGGACCAGGCAGCUCCGGCAGAUGAAGGGGAGAAGACUUGGGAGGCGCCGGUGACGGCCUUCCAGCUCCCUGGUUACCUCCCUGGCUUGUACCAGCAGAACAAGCAGCCGCCUCCCGUGCCCACCACCGGCCUUUCGCCCAAAAGCCCCGCCGUGGUCCGCCUGGUGCCGUGCACCCCUGGGGACCACCCCGAGGUCCUAGACCUGGAGUACGACACGGGGGGCGGCAUCCCGGUGGCCUCCGAGCCAUGGGAGGCGACCGCGCGGCCGGAGCAGGAGGCCUACAGUGCUGCAGAGGUGACGGAGGACAGUGUGAUCGUGGUGGAGCUGGAGGGAGACUCGGGGGACCAAGGGGUGGUGGUGGGCCGCCCUCGCAAAGGCUCCGGCAGACGUCCUUCACGCAGGACUAGAAAACGGGCCCGUAGAAACCGGGUCCAGGGCUUCGCGUGCCCCGACUGCGACGUGCGCUACAGCCGGCUGUCCCAGCUGCGCUCCCACCGGAAGGGGCCGAGGCGCCGAGGGUGGCGCUGCCUGUGCGAAUGCGGGGCCUCCUUCCGCGGCCUGCUCCAUCUCUUGAGGCACCAGCUCCAGCACCUGGAGGAAGCGCUCUUCAUCUGCGCUACCUGUGGGAAGUCCCUCAAGGGACACACGGGCCUAGCGAGACAUGGGACCUGCCAGCCCGGCCCGGCCCGUUUCAGCUGCCCUUGUGGAGCCCGUUUCCGGCGUUUGUCCCGUUACCUCUGGCAUCACGUGAGGAGCCAGCGGCCCGGCCUGCGGGUGUACACGCUGUCCGGCUUCCUCUCUUCGGCCUGAGACGGUCCGCCUUGCUCAGGGACCGAGGGCAGGGUGGAAAUAAUGGCGCUCCUUGCUCAGAACUCCGGUUCACCUUGGAACGGGGCAUGAGGCUGCGAGGCCUUUUCCUUCGGGGGGAGCAGUCUUCAAGAAAGGGUUUACCGGUUGUAAAGCUUAACUGAUUUCUUUUGGGAUGUAUGUUCUCCCCAUUCACCCACACACCCCACCCCGGUGUAAUUAUGAUGAAGGCAAUUAAAACAGUGAAGGAUG